ACUCGUUCUUGCUCUACUACAAUGGAAGAAGCUAGCCAUUUGGAGCUGGUGAAGAGUCUCCAGGAAAACAUUGAAGCGGAAUUUUCCAAACUGUACCGGUUCCUGCAGGAACAGGAAAGCACCAUGAGUGACAAGCUGAGGAGGGAAUCGGAGGAGCUGGUGCAGUCACUGGAGGUAAACCUCAAACUAAUCUCCAAGAAGAGCAGCUCCAUCGAGAAGUUCAUUGCUGAGAUGCGCUCGCUGAUUCACACAGACGAUCAAAGCCGGCUUCUAACGGAUAUUAAGGGUGUCCUUCAAAGAAGUGACUUACACAAUGAGCCUAUCCUACAGCCGUCUGACAUGAGUUUGGGGGAGUUUAAUGGGCCUCUGCAGUAUGCAGCAUGGAAACAGAUGCUGAGCGUCAUCAACCCAGUUCCAGCUCCUUUGACCCUCGACUCAGAGACGGCAAACCCCUGCCUUAUUCUGUCCAAGGACCACACCAUGGUCAAGCGUCGCGCCAAGUUCAAGCAGCUACCGGAGACUCCCAAGAGAUUCACCUUCUGUGUCUCGGUGCUAGCGACAGAAGGGUUCACCUCUGGGAGGCACUACUGGGAGGUAGAAGUAGAGGGCAUGUCUGGCUGGAUCAUCGGCAUGGCCAAGGAGACUGUCAACAGGAGCGAUGACAUCCCACUGACGCCUGCCAACGGUUUUUGGACCGUCCAGCUGUGGAAUGGGAAAGUGCAUGCGUCCCAAGGCAGAUCUGGCUCUUUGUGCUGUGCAGGUAUCAAGCCCGACAGGAUUGGAGUCUACCUGGAUUAUGAAGGGGGUCAAAUAUCAUUUUACAAUGGCGGUGACAUGUCCCAUCUCUACACCUUCUCUGAUCACUUUGUGGAGAAAAUCUAUCCCUUCCUUUUCCCUCUGCCUAACAUGGAAAUGUCAGAGGCAGAAAUCCUGAAGCUUUUCCAUUUGUAUUUAUGACAUUUGAAAAAAGGGAGAAGGAAGGGAUUGGAGGGCUGAAUAUCCAUGGAGUAAAUGUUGUCCAGCAUAGCACCUUACCCAUUGGAUAAUGGAAUUUGAUUAUAAAGUUCACUGCCAACA